CGUAAAAUCAAAAAUAUUGUAUUCAAGUAAUAUCAAGGGGAUAUUUUAAGUUAAAAUGUUUAUAUCUUUAUUUUUUUGUUUAAUAUUCAUUAAUGAGAUUUCUUCUUACUCAAAUUACGGACCGACUCGAAAAACAAUUUACGGAUGGAUUCGUGGGAAAGUCACUUCGCGUAUUCCAGGAUUAAAUGUUGAGGAAUAUUUAGGAAUGCCAUAUGCAUUGCCACCUAUUGGACAGUUUCGUUUUAAGAGACCACAUGAACCAUACAAAUGGCACCCUAGGGUUUUAAAAACAACAACAAUUCCUCCUGCAUGUCAAACUAUAAAUCUUGCCUACAUACAGUGGCACAAACCAGGAUUCACAAACCUCAACGAAGACUGCUUAUACAUGAACAUUUAUAAACCUCUGACCCGUCAACGAAAGCUGCCAGUCUUACUGUUUAUACAUGGAGGGUCUAACUCUGAUGGUAUGGGUGCUAUGGUAGACGGAGACAUAUUAGCGGCAUAUGGACAAAUAAUUGUUGUGACAUUCAAUUUCAGAGUAAGCGUUCUAGGAAUACCUGGAUUUUACGCCAAUGAAAGUCUUGGUAUUAAGGGAAACAAUGGACUAAUGGAUCAAGUCCUGGCAAUGAAGUGGAUACAGAGGAACAUUAGAUAUUUUGAUGGUGAUCCAUCUAAAGUUACGAUUUAUGGGCAUAGUUCAGGGGCUGGAGAUGUUGGUGUUUUUUUAAUAUCGCCUUUGACUAAAGGCUUGUUUAGAAAUGCCAUUAUGCAUAGUGGCUCGCCAAUUGCAUUCUGGUUUAUGUCGAAUUGUGUGCGGUCUGGUAACACUUUGGUUAUUCCGAAAGAAUGUAGACGAGGAACUAGUUUAGUAUCAAAUGAAACAGUAAAAGCAGAGAUUAUAAAACUAACUCAAGGUUCCUCAAUUACUGAUUUCUUCUCGUCCAUUAGAUUUGGACAGGAUGUCUAUGAAAGUGUUAUUGACGGAGAUAUCAUAACAGAUAGUCCUGACAAACUGUAUACAUGUGGCCGGUUUCAUAUCAAUUCAGUAUUGUUUAUUAUCGCACGCGAUGAAGGUCUUCAAGCCUUCAUCGCGUGA